CGAUCGCGGUGGCCGUCGAUUCCUCCUCCAUUGCCAUAAAAACUCUCCUAUUCCUGCAAGAGAGAGAAAAAAAUCUAGUUCUUUGUCUGGCGGCGAUCCAAAACCCCCUCCAAUUCUUCAGGUCAGAAUCAAAUCCAUCAAAUUUCUUCUGUAUUGCGAUUUCUAGGGUUAGGGUUUUCGUAGGUACGGUCAAAUUCCUCUUUCUUGCAUCUAUUCUCGAUCAAGAAAUCUCUAGGGUUUCGAUUUUACCCCUUUUCGUUCUUCGAUCUGAUGGCGGCGGGUCGGUACCGGGGUUAUAGAGAUCACGAGUACAGGGCCCGGGAUUUUGACCUAGAGAUUUCUGGAAGGAAGGAUCGGUAUCAUGAUCGUAACGGCGAUCGAUACAGAAAUCAUGGAAAAAUUCACCAUGAUAGGGCAAAAGAUUGGCACAGGGACGCAAAAGAGAGGGAACUGAUUAAUGGAUCGCAUGGUGUUAAGAGAUCAGUUGAGCGCGAGCCUGGUGAAUUGUCGAGCGGAUCUGAUGAUGAGGGCGUUGACAGUGGUCAAAAUGGGAUCUUGGUUAAUGGGAAGCGGAAAAUUUCUCCGAUUGUUUGGGAUAACGACAACGAUGGCAAGACGAAAGGCAAGAUGGAAUCAAGAAAUGAGCCCCCGAAUUCGGUUGAGUUUCACGGACCGUCAGAUUCCCCUCAGGUUUGUGAGAAGAUGGAGGAGGACGAAGAACUUCCGCCGGCGAGAAACAUUUCGUUCUCACGAUGGGUUAAUGGAAAUGAUGAGGAGACGGAGGAUGUUGAUGAGGUAUUUGUGCCCAAGAGGAGGAAAACUGCUAGCCCCUUGGAUGCCACUCCUGAGCUUGGUGAAGUAAUCUCAAGAGAAGGAUCUGGAGGGUCUACUUCGAUGCGUUCUAGUUCCAGUGGAGAUUUCGUGGAUGUUAGUGAUGGCAAGUAUGAUAUUAAUGGAAGUGAAGGUUUGUUGGAAACUGAUUCUGAGGCUGAGGAUUACAGAGAUCAAACCCUGGAGCCAGGCUCCGCACCUCAGAGAAGUUUCAACAUGCUUCAGGGAUGUAGGAAUGUUGAUGAAUUCGAGAGGUUGAACCGGAUCGAUGAAGGAACUUACGGGGUUGUUUUCCGGGCAAGGGAUAAGAAGACUGGGGAAGUGAUGGCUCUGAAGAAGGUGAAAUUGGAGAAAGAGAGAGAGGGAUUCCCACUAACUGCUUUGAGGGAGAUAAACAUUUUGCUUUCUUUUCAUCACCCAUCAAUUGUGGAUGUGAAGGAAGUUGUUAUGGGUGAUCUUAAUAGUGUCUUCAUGGUUAUGGAGUACAUGGAACAUGACCUUAAAGGUUUGAUGGAGAGUAUGAAGCAGCCAUUUAGCCAAAGUGAGGUCAAGUGCCUGAUGUUACAGCUGCUUUCGGGUGUCAAUUAUCUUCACGACAACUGGGUACUUCACAGGGAUCUGAAGACAUCAAAUAUUCUCAUGAAUAACCGUGGUGAGUUGAAAAUAUGUGAUUUUGGGCUAGCUCGGCAGUAUGGAAGCCCAUUAAAGCCUUAUACUCAACUAGUGGUAACUCUGUGGUACAGGGCACCUGAACUUUUACUAGGAGAGAAGGAAUAUUCUACUGCUAUUGACAUGUGGUCCUUGGGGUGUAUAAUGGCUGAACUUUUAGCAAAGGAACCAUUGUUCCCUGGAAAAACUGAGGUUGAUCAACUAGACAAGAUUUUCAGAACUCUUGGUACGCCAACUGAGAAGAUAUGGCCUGGUUUUGCUAAAUUGCCUGGAGUUAAAGCUAACUUUGUCAAGCAACCUUACAACAAGCUACGAGAGAAGUUUCCUCCAACAUCAUUUACUGGACGCCCAACUCUGUCAGAAGCUGGAUUUGAUUUAUUGAAUAGACUCCUCACCUACAACCCUGAGAAGAGGAUAACAGCAGAAGAUGCUCUUAAUCAUGCUUGGUUUCGGGAGGUUCCUCUGCCUAAAUCAAAAGAUUUUAUGCCAACAUUUCCUGCCCAGCAUGCACAAGACAGGCGUCUAAGAAGAACUAUGAAGAGUCCGGAUCCACUGGAAGAGCUACGAAGGAAGGAAGGGGGAGUUGGGAAUGGCGGGUUAUUUGGUUGAGGGAAAAAAACAUAGCCCCUCUGCACACAAUCAUUUGCAGGUGGAGAAGCUGAUGGCUAAGUUCUUUGAGGUGAGAGACAUGCUUUGAAGAUGAUUCUGCAUCUGUAUCUUACUGCAAAACGAAGAAUGAUGAUGUUCUUUAGCAGGCACCCUUAUACUGAUUUCGAUGGAGAUACAUACUCUUCAUUUCUUCCAUUGAACACAUUUUAUUGCAGGAUAGUUUGUUCUGCCACAGUGGUGAUUCAAAAAUUUAUUCAUCCAAAUGCAAGCCUGCAUUAUAAGGUCUGGCAUGUUGGCUUUAAUUUUCAUACAAUGAGCUCAUAUGUAAAUUGUAAUAUGUUUCCUCUUGUGAUCUUUGUAACAAUGCUCCAAAGUCAGGAUUUAUCCCAGAAAAUUAAUGGUUAUAUUGUUUCUAUUUUUAGUGUUUCUUUUAAUUUUCACGUUGUGUUUGCAAGAAACGAUGAUGUGAAGAGGACGGACAUCAUUUGCUUUUCCAUUAUGAUGAAGAAAUUGAAGGAUACCUUUUUUUCUUGUGGAAAGUAUCAAACAGCAGUUCAGAGGGGCAGGUUGGAUGAAAAGAGAGCAGUUUAUCAGAUAUGCAAUAUGUUCAGAUGCGAUCCACCUUAGCGCCUCAGGCCCUCAGGAGAGGCGAUCUUGUAACUUAGCGCCUUGUGUAUUGCCAGACGAUGAAAGUUACUAGGGCGAGCGCUUUUUGGCGCCUCAAGAGCUUGCCUUGGUGCCGCAUGAUCUCACCUUGUUGCCUCUGGCACUUGCCUAAGGCAUGUAAUGCAAGGCAUGAAGUGUUUGUCUCUAUUUCCAAAUUUUGAAGGUGCCAAAGUUCUCAAGUGUGGUGAGGGUCUCAUGCUCGAGCUGUUACAAUUACACCUGCAAGAUGCUUGUAGGAUCCACUUCCACUGUCUUUCCUGUUUUCCUGGAAUAAUAAGAGGCAUACCAAAGAGGAUAAUGCACAUGUCAUAAUUUAGUCAGAACAUCUGGUUUCUGUGACAUUCUCAGCUUGUCUACGAUGGAAAACUGAACAGUUAGUGCUUCCAGGAAAGAUGACGUUAUCAUUUAGCUCUUGAUGUUCCAACAGGAAGUAGUGUUGGAUAGUUCAUGAAUGAAUCGGGUUUCUUGAAAGCAAUCUGAUGAUGUGUGGCUAGUGCAGGCCUUGGUUUCUAAGGGCAAAGCAGUAAAGUUAACUCAGUAGCAUGUGAUAUGUAUCAUGUGGCUUCAAGCAGCAAAGGUUUCUGCGGUUUCAGGUAUGAUCUUCCAGAUAUUAUUUUGUUUAUUCUCUAACAUUGCUUCUCUUUUGUCUUCCUGCGUGGUGGCAAUGAGGCUUAUAACCAGCAGAUUUUCACUUUGGUAUUGCAACUACGCUCGUUCUGUCAGGAAUUUCUGAACUCCCAUUUGAGGUACAAUUAUGAAGCGGCCCAUGAGGUUUAGAUUUUAUACAACAGCAUGUAAUUUUAAAUGUUCUGUGGUAUAUCCUUGUGGUUCAUCAAUGAGCAGUUCUGGUGAAGCAUUGUUGCAUCACAGGUAGCAGUUCAUGUUGAUGCUUUAGAGCUACACAAAUCUCAAUAAUCCAUGUUGAGGUAAUGUAGAUUGUGUAAUUCCUCAGUGAGUGGUUCUGACAUUUCACAAGCUGUGUUAAAUAAUUUUCUGCCCGUUGAUUA